GACACUAACAGUAACUUAGAGGAGACAACAGUGUUAAAAUGCUUGUAAAACAGAUCCAUUUGUUAAAUUUAUGCAUCCUGAUGCAGUUCACUCGAACAGCUGUGGCCUCCAGGGAGUGGGCAGUUUGGUACAAAUCCGAACAAUACUGCGUAUUUAAAGGUUCUUCUGUGGAUUUUGGCUGCACAUACAACUACCCAGCUGACUACAGGGUCAAAAUCCUCAAGUGGAUCAAACAAGAACCAAAGCACAUAAAACCUGUUUACCACUCGGACCCUGAGCAGGUAGAUUUAUCAUACAGAAGAAGAACGGAGUUGGCUAAUGAAGACAACAACUGCACCCUUAGACUGCACAAUGUUUCCGAGAGCGACGUGGGGAAAUACUACUUCUGCUUUUAUACAGGACAGGCAGGCUCAGAAGGAACAUACUUAAAUGUAGCAGUUCUACCCUUUAGAGUGAGACUGAUUUCCAACAGGAUGGACGGCUUCAUCCAGGAAGGGGACAGGGUGAAUUUGACCUGUGAGACUGAAAACUGCACCCCCUCAGGAGAACAAAUCACCUGGUUUAAGGAUGGGGUCCCACUUCCUCUGAUCAAAUUGUGGGAACUCAGAUUCAACCCAGUCUCUCCCAGUGACUUUGGCAACUAUGCCUGUGGCCUAAAUUACAGCGCCAUCUCAACAGCACCUCAUUUUCUGCUCGACGUGAGAUACAGUCCCAGGAAUGUUUCUCUCACUGCACAUUCGGCAAGACUUAUUCAUAAUGGAAAUACAUUGACGCUGAUCUGCGAGAGCAGCGCUAAACCGCCGGCCAGAACAUACUCCUUGUUUAAAAUGAAUGGAACAGAUGUGUUUCAGAUAGGAUGGGGUCAUAAUUACACUGUCCCAGUUGUCGGUCCUGGGGACAGUGGACAGUACUUCUGCCUGGCUCAAAAUGCUCUGGGAUCGCAAAACUCUACAGUGAUCACUAUAAGAGUACAAGAUUCCAAAGAUCCUGAUCACUUGCUGUUUGUGCGAGCAGCACUGGGAGCACUGUUAUUUGCAGGCAUUGUAACAGUCGCCCUCUUGUACCUUAUAAAGAGGAGGAAACAGCCUUCAUCUUCCAUCAGUGACAUUACUGAAAACUUGUCAAAUACUGUCCUCACUUCAGGGCUGGAGUCUAGCCAAAGCACUGGAUCUCUACACAACUUACAAAUGCCAGAAGCCACUGCCUCUGAGAGGAUUUCUGACAACUUUGCUGUUAUUCACAGUUCAGACACUGGAAUUAGCCUCAGCUGAGCUUCGCGGAGCUACGAUUCCAACCAGCCAUGACAAACAGAUCAACCUGGACUAGGAAAGAGGUGUACAUAACUGUCGGAACACAUACCAUAGCAACAUGAGAGGCUGAAUAACUUUGUCACUCUCAAAUUUAUACAAAAAAGGUUUGUUUUAAUGUCAAAUGGACAACUUGACUGUAAAUACAUAAAUUUCAGUUUUUGUAAAGUAUGUUACAGUGUAAAAAAGAAUGACAAAAUAUGUAUGUGCAAAAAUAUACAGUACAGUCUGAAGCCUGAAUUAUGCAAAUUUGUUUGUGUCCUGAUGGUGCAGUGGUUAUGUCCUGAACAUGCUUGGGGACACCCUACUCUGGGGGCAGUCGUGGGCUGGAGGUUAGGGAACUAGCCC